CUCUACGAGUAACGGGUAUAAAAAGACAUUUUUAUAUAUACAUACAUACAUACAUGUGAAAAUCUGAAUUAAACAUGAUUAGAUGAGUAACGGGUAUCUGAUAGUCGAUAGUGUCGACAAUGAGUUCUUGUCUAUUAAUUAUUAAAAUUUGAAUAUUUAAAGCAAAAUAUUGAUCGCCCAACGUGGGGCUCGAACCCACGACCCUGAGAUUAAGAGUCUCAUGCUCUACCGACUGAGCUAGCCGGGCAGGUAAACGAAUCCGCUGACUGUCAAAACUCGCGAAAAUAUAUCAAAUGGUUAUAAACAGAUUCGUUCUCUUAGAUCGUUCUCUUAGAACUGUUCGUUUAAUAUUUAGUUUAUAAAUAAUAAUAAUAGUUUAGCUAAGAUCAGUAUCAAAACUGGCACGCGGAGUUUUCCAACUAAGGCAACAUACUUAUUUUCGUGCCAAAUUAUAUACGCCCCCUUUUUAAAUUAUUAAAGACAAUGAUUUUAUCAAAAUGUAUAGCUUGUGCAAUUAGAAUCAUUAGACGACUCGAAGCUGUAUAUAACGUGCAGUAUUUGGCACCCAUCCUCAUACCGGAAAGCUUGUUAAUAUGAAGGCUACUUUUACGAUCCUGGUGAUCCAAGUCAUCUGUUUGGCUAGAGGGAUUGAGUACCAGUUAACAUUGGACGACGAUGGCUUUUUAGCACCUUGCGAGAAUCAGCCUGACAACACUUUUAGUUUGGAAGCGAUGUUGGAAAGUUCUUCUCUUACAAUACACAACCUCGGUUCUAAAGUUCGAGUUGAAGGAGAGCACAAGGUGGUCUGGAAAGAUGUCCAGCCAGGAGACACAUUGAAAAUGUUUGGUCAAGUCUAUCGGCUGGAUAAGGGCACUUGGCAGAAGACUAUGUUUAGCGCCAGCUCCAAUAACUUUUGCAAAAAUAUGUUCGAUAAGAACCAAUACUGGUAUACUUUCUGGACAAAGUUUAUUAACAACUCCGACGAGAUCAAGGAAAAGUGCUUGACCACACCGGGGGCUGUUAUUAAGUACAAAGACUUCGAACUGGAUUUGAAGGCCAGCCUGAAUGUUCCGAAUCUGGAAGGGCGCUACAAGCUGGUAGCCCAACUGGAGGCUUUCGAUAAGCGCAACUUUAAGCGCCCAGUGUCCAUUUGCGUGGAGUACCGGGGCACUGUAGAGCGCAUCUAAACACGACAAUUUUAUAUGCAUGCUGAACAUACAGCGAAACACCAUUAAAGUCUAUAAUUGAGCACAUCAAA